AUGGGCUCCGCCGUAGAACAGAAAGUUGCUAUAGUGACGGGGGCGUCGUCGGGCAUGGGCGAAGCCAUCACCCGUGAACUCGUUGCCCGCGGCUGGUACGUCGCCAUGGCCGACAUCCGACCCCACGAUGCCUUAUCUAAGGAAUUCGGUUCCAAUGCCACGUUCCACGAGACGAACGUAGCAAGCUACGACUCGCAGGCUUCACUUUUCUCGUCCGUCUUCAAGGUCAAAGGUCGGCUCGACGCCUUGUGCGCCAAUGCUGGAAUAGGCGACCGAAGCUCCCUGUACAUCCUCAACCAUCGCGGCAAGACCGAGAUCCCUCCAGCACCAGAUAUGACCUGCACGGAAGUGAAUUGGAAGGGUUUUGUGUAUGGAGUGCAGCUUGCGAUCCACUUUAUGCGGCAGAACCCUGUUCCUGGGGGCGUGAUCGUGGCAACUGCUAGUAUUGCUGCAGUCCAUCCUCAUCCUAGUUAUGCGGAGUACAACGGCACGAAAGCUGCUGUACUAAAUUUUGUGAGAGGGUCUGCGGGAGUACUGAAGGUGAAGGAGAAUGUGAGAUUGAAUUGCGUUUUACCUGGGAUCGUGCCUACGAAUAUCAUACCACCACAGUUUCUUGCUGUGGUCGCUAAAGCGGACCUCACACCAGUGUCCACGAUCGUGGAGGCGUAUCUGCGGCUCAUUGAGGGAGAUGAGACGGGUCAGGGUAUUGAGGCGUCGGUGGAUAGGCUGUUGGUAUUUCAAGAGCCACCGCUGCUGAAUGGUAGCCACACCAAGCGUGCGGUCACAGUCUGGGAUCCUUUGUUCAGGUUUAUGCAUAACGGCGAAAAUUCAGGGCUGCCUGACGCGAUACCAGGGGAGGAUAUCCAGCUGAAAUAG